AUGGCGAAAACGGCAAAAGUGAAGAAGCGGCAAGCCACCAUACACUCACGUGCCGCCCGCCGCGCAGUCUCUCCCUCCAUCGACCUUGACAAAUCCAUAAAGACCGCCACCCCAGACUCCCCCAAACAGAAGGCGGCGAAACCCCACGUCCUCGCCUCACAAAAUGCCGGAGUGUCCAAGAAGACCAAAUCUAAGCCUCUCAAGCGUCAGCAGAGGUUACGGCACUUGAAAGGUCUGGAACGUGCAGCAGAUAACUUAGACAAGCUGGAGCUCAAGGUGCAGAAGAGUGUAGCAAGAGAGAAGAAUGUGCGUGAGCGGCGGAAAGGAUGGGAGGAGGUUAACGGUGAGAGGAGGGAUAAGAAGCAGAGGAACCCAUUCGAGGCUCUUGAAGAGGGCAAUUUUGAAAGCUCGACCAGGGAGCGAGAGUGGGUCAGCGAUGAAGAGAUGCCCGAGGUUGCUGGU